AUGGCUCCUAUGAACACAAGCCGCACCGCCAUACCGACCCCGGCCAGCCAUCGCUCUCAACAAACCUCCCGCCCAACUUCUCCCGGAAGCAUAUACAGAGAGAUGGCGUGGUCCUACAAGGCCGCGAUGUCCGCGGCCGGGACGGACCGGAGCGGACGUUACCGCGGUGAUGCUCCUGUCCACCCGCUGGAGGCCGCGGCCAUCCUAGACCCCUCUCGGCUGCAGCAUGUGACGGGGGUGCUCCCACGUAAUCUGGCUCGGUUGAAAGGCGUCCCACUCUCGAGGAAAGAGUUGGCCCAGCUCCAAUGGGUCCAGCGCCUGCCAGACGUAUACCCAACCAAGCGACCCAAGGGGCUAUUCUGA